AUGUUUUUCUCGCAUCCUAACACGACUUCAAACUCAAAUCUAGACUUCGAUGAACAUCGUUGGGUAAUUAAUAUUCGUCGAACCAUAGAGGUCGAUGAAAUUGAAGAAGAUCAUUGUGAUAUUCCCGUCUCCAUCUUCAAAGUCCCAAAAACCCUAAUGACGACUAACCCGGAUUCCUUCGUGCCACAACAAGUAGCAAUAGGCCCAUAUCACCAUUUCCGCCCUGAGCUCUAUGAAAACGAGAGGUAUAAACUUGCUGCAGCUAAAAGAACCCAGAAAAAGCUUCAAAACUUCAAAUUCCAGUAUUUAGUAGAUCAGUUGACAAAGUUUGAGCCUCGAUUUCGAGCUUCCUACCACAAGUACCUUAAUUUCAAUGGCGAAACGUUAGCGUGGAUGAUCGCUGUGGAUGCAUCUUUCUUGCUUGAGUUCCUGCAAAUAUAUAUUAUGAAACAAGGUAAGGAACUAACUAAGGUUUCUUCAACGAUGUCACAGUUAAUUGAUGUUUCGGGGCGAAAAUCAGCACAUAACGCUAUUUUAAGAGAUGUGGUGAUGCUUGAGAAUCAGAUUCCAUUAUUUUCCUUGAGAAAAAUUUUAGAAUUCCAAUUAUCAUCGUUGGACGAAGCAGAUAGUACAUUAUAUUUAAUGUUGACGGGAUUCUGUAAAGAGCUUUCUCCUUUUAAGACAAUACAAGAGUGGCCUAAUUUUCAGGUUUUGGAGUGUACUCAUUUGCUAGACCUUUUGUACCAUAUGAUUGUCCCAAAAUUAGAGGGCUCAUCCGAAAUGGCAGAAUCCGAGGAGAGAAAUGACGAAAAUGAGACACAAGAAAGCGAAAAGAAUUAUUUGGCAAAGACUUUUUCGAAAUUGAAGGCAAGUCCUGUAAGUUUUAUCAAGAGAUUAAUAUUUUCAAGACCUGCUAAAUUAAUAUUUAAAUUACCUUGGAAAAUUAUCUCUAAUCUUCCUGUAGUAAUAAUUAUAAAACAUCCUGUUGAGUACUUAUGGUUUUCUCAAGAAAAACCAGAAAGUAAACCAGAUAAUGAAACAUGUAACUUGAAUAAGUCCGUUAACAAACCUCCAUUAAUGGAGGAAAUUACUAUUCCUUCUGUAACUGAACUCUCAAAGGCUGGUGUCAAAUUUUCAGCCACAGAUUUAGGCAUUUCGAGCAUUAAUUUCGACGAGAAAACAUCUACAUUUUAUCUCCCCAGAAUUAGUUUAGAUGUGAACACAGAGGUAGUGCUGAGAAAUUUGGUGGCUUAUGAAGCCUGCAGUGCAUCAGGGCCAUUGGUUUUUACUCGAUACACCGAAUUAAUAAACGGAAUUAUCGACACUGAAGAUGAUGCAAAGUUUCUUAGAGAACAUGGCAUAAUUUCGAACCAGUUGAAGAGUGAUGAAGAAGUGGCAAAUUUAUGGAACGGCAUGAGCAAGUCUAUUAGAUUGACAAAGGUCUUUUUCGAGGCCUUGGCCUCUCCAAUGCAUUUUGGAUACCCCAACAUUUGA